UGCUCCAGACUCCUGAGCAGCUCCUCAUCGAUCUCUCCAGUCUGGGCGUAGCGCAGCCUCUUCCUCUCUGCCUUCCUCAGACGGUACUGCAGGAUCCGGCAGUUUUUAUUGGCCCUCUCCAGCUCACGUCUCAUCUCCUGCAGCUGACAAGUGUCCUCCUCGUAGAACGUGUCUCGCAUCUCAUCCAUUUCAGCCCUCAUCUCCUCAAUUUCAAUCUGUUGGGUACGCAGUGAACAUUAUGGUGUUGUCAAGCUAUCUUUGGAUCUACAGUUCACCUGCACUGCUUAACACACCAGCUCUGCUCUGCUGCUCUGAAAAGGCCACAGGAGGAGGGAUGAGGCCACUUAUACGGAAGUCUCACCUACUCUGACAGAAAUGAUGGACACCAGUCUUUUGCAAGCUGCAAGCAGUUUGGAUGGAGAAGAUUUUGUAUUGAUGAGAGAGACACAAUUAUAAGCUACAAUUUGUUUGAGAGUUUUUGAAGAGGGAUGGGACUCAAUCACUUCCUGUUUCUGCUGCUCUGUGCAGCCGCCCUCACAGCCUCUGCAGUUUUUGGUAAAAGUGAGGGUAGCGAGGCAUUAAGGUGGACCAGGCAGAGCCUCCCAGUGCUGCAGGACACACAAACAGAGCUUUUAGACCCUACUCGUUUUAGAGGGCAUGGGGAGGAGGAGGAGAAGGAGGGGGAGGAGGGGAAAGGAGGGGCAAAGACACUAUGUGGAAUAGAGUGUCAAAGCAAACACACACCUGUGGACCAGAGUGAGCAGGAGAGGUUUCUGGGAUAUGAGACCAUGUAUGACAAUGGCACUCGCAUGCACACAGAUGUCAGUUUUAAGGGUUUUAACAUGACAACUGGAGGAAAACCAAGACAUUCACCAGCUCACACCCGAAGGAGAAGGCAGGUUUACGGACCAGACGGACGCUUUGUGAUCUCUGACUCACAUUACAUCACAAAUUACCCUUUUUCAACAGCUGUUCGGCUCUCCACAGGCUGCUCCGGAGUCCUCAUAUCCCCAAAACAUGUUCUCACAGCAGCACACUGCAUCCAUGAUGGGAAGGACUACCUAGAAGGUGCAAGAAAGAUCAGAGUCGGGGUCCUACAGCUCAAAACCAAGAAACGUAGAGGGGGUAGGAGGAGAGGAGGGCAGCGGAGGGAUGGUGAAGCUGAAGGUGAAGAGCGGAUAGUGGAGGAAGGUGAGGAACAGAAUAGUAUAGAUGGAGAUGUAGAGAGAGUGAGAAAGGGAGGCAAAGGCAGAGGGCGCAGAGGAAAAAAAGAGGGUGAUGGAGGGAACGUAGAGGGUAAGCGGAAAAGACUCAACCGCGUAGGGCGUAGUACUGAAAAUAGAAAGCAGCCUGCUUUCCGUUGGUCACGAGUUAAACAAACAAAAAUACCCCAAGGAUGGAUGCAAGCUGAAAAAUCUCCAAACUCAGUGUCCUCUGACUACAAUUAUGCAGUACUGGAGCUAAAACGACCCCUCAAACAGAAGUACAUGGAGCUUGGUGUGGCGCCCUCAACAGCCCCCCUCACCCGCAUCCACUUCUCAGGCUACGACACUGAUAAAAGCCUGCGGGACGGGCCAGGAGAUGAGAGAGUGGUGUACCGGUUUUGUUCAGUGUCAAACGAGUCUGAUGAUUUGAUUUACCAGCACUGUGACGCUCAAGUUGGAGCCACAGGCGCAGGUGUUUAUAUUCGUCUGAGACAGGAAGUGGGGGACACAGAGAGGAAGGGUAAGUGGCAGCGGAGGGUGAUCGGCGUGUUUUCAGGUCAUCAGUGGGUGGAGGUGGAGGGAGGUGGGCAGAAGGACUUUAAUGUUGCAGUGAGGAUCACUCCGCCCAAAUAUGCUCAGAUCUGCCACUGGAUCCAUGGAGAUCCAAAUCUCUGUAAAGAGGUGUGACUGCAAAGGAUCCGCAAGAGAAAACAGGAGACUCAAAAGACUUUAAAGACGAUGUCCCCAAACCUUGGCUCAUGAGUAGAAGCUUUCUGAGUUAAAAGUAGAGGCUUUGUACAAAGAAGCUAAAGUAACUGUAAGCAAUGUAUUAGCUUUAAUCCUGCCAACCACAGUGUCAUGUCUCUCCCAAAUGCUGUCCCUGAAGUACUUCCACAUCCAAUGGCAUCAUGGUUGCAUUACAUACUGUUUCAUGUACGUCUUUUUCAUUAGCCCUACAUCAUCCUGUGUCCAACAUUUCAAAUGCUCCUAAACAUUUUUUAUAGAGUAUAUGUUUUCCUACUGCUCGUCUAACAAUAUAUGUCUGUUUGGAUUUUUUUUCUUUUUCCUUCAUGGGCAUUUUUGCCAUCAUUUGAUAGGACAACUGAGGAGAGACAUGAGGAAAUGUGGGGAGUAGAGAGCAAGGGAUGAUAUGCAGCAUAGGAUCAAGGCCUGCAGUCUGUUGCACCAGCUGUGCGUAAGCUCAAACGUAGCCUAGUUUGAAUGUAAUUUCUCACUUAGGAUGAAGUUUUCACUCUACUAACGUUUUGGAGCGUUGCACCAGCUGAGAUAGUUCCAACGUAAGCCUAAAUUACAACUUAAUUCUUACACUUGGCUCCUAGAAGGUGUAAAGUCCUCCGUAGAGUAUAUCGGCUGCCAUGGUGCGUCGUUUUGAAAGGUGGGAUGAUUUGGAGGAUGAGGAGAUACAGGGGGUUCUCCCAGCUAGAUUAUGUCUGCAAAGCGAUAUCCAAGAGAGAGAUUACAUCCUUUGGAAAAAUAUGAUGACCAAGAUUUGCGCUUCUUGUUGUAGUUGAUCAUUUUACCACUCCAUGUCACUGUUAUUAU